AUGGCUCCAGUUGAACAAGAUGUUGAAAUGAAGAACGUUGAUAGUCCUGCAGCAGCAAGUGACGCCGAUGCGAAUGAGGUGAAAAAGGAUGCUGAUGUCCUCACAGUUCAAGACCUCCGGGAACAUGUGAGGCAAAUUGACAAAGCAGUAACAUCAAAGGAACCAAGAUUUGCUUUAAGAGUACUUCGAUCGCUUCCAGGUACCAGAAGAAAAUUAAAUGGCAAUGUUUUACGUGCUAUUAUAAACCAACUCUAUCCGGCUGGAACUGAGAAAGAAACUAUAAUUACCUUUGUUGAGCAACCUCAACCUGGUUCUGUGGAGAUUGAAGCACCGCGGGCCCGAAGUGCUCCUAAGCCUCCAGUUCCAGAAGUUGAUGCCUAUAUACAUCUUUUGGUGUUAGUGCGUAUGCUUGACACAAAUAGAUUGGAAGAGGCAACAGAAUGUUCACAGCAACUGAUUUCUAAAGUAACCGCUCAGAACAGGAGGACAUUGGACCUCAUUGCUGCCAAAUGUUAUUUCUAUCAUUCCCGAGUCUUUGAACUCACUAACAAAUUGGAUCUUAUUAGGGGCCUACUUCAUGCUCGCCUCCGUACUUCAACAUUACGUAAUGAUUAUGAGGGACAAGCUGUUUUAAUAAAUUGCCUUUUAAGGAACUAUUUACACUAUGCUUUAUAUGAUCAAGCUGAUAAAUUAGUCAGCAAAUCUGUUUUUCCAGAAAAUGCUAGUAACAAUGAAUGGGCUAGAUUCUUAUAUUACUUAGGAAGAAUAAAGGCUGCUCGUCUUGAAUACAGUGAUGCUCACAAACAUCUUGUACAAGCCUUAAGGAAGGCUCCACAAACAGCUGCUGUUGGUUUCCGUCAAACUGUUCAAAAACUUGCUAUUGUUGUGGAACUUCUCUUGGGAGAUAUCCCUGAAAGGGCCAUCUUCAGACAGUCACAGUUGAGAAAGGCCUUAGCACCUUACUUCCAACUUACUCAAGCCGUGCGGCUAGGUAAUUUGCAAAGGUUUGGUGAAGUUUUAGAGAAUUUUGGACCUCAAUUUCGUUCUGAUCACACAUUUACUUUGAUUCUGCGUCUGCGUCAAAAUGUUAUCAAAACUGCAAUAAGGUCUAUUGGCCUGUCAUACUCUCGCAUUUCUCCUAAAGAUAUUGCUCGAAAACUUGGUCUUGAUUCUUCUGAAGAUGCUGAGUUUAUUGUUGCUAAAGCUAUAAGAGAUGGAGUAAUAGAAGCAACCAUUGAUCCAGAGAAGGGUUACAUGAGCAACAAGGAAAGUUCUGAUUUGUACUGCACUAGGGAGCCACAGUUAGCCUUUCAUCAGCGUAUAUCAUUCUGCUUGGAACUCCACAAUCAAAGUGUUAAAGCUAUGAGAUAUCCUCCAAAGUCAUAUGGUAAAGAAUUAGAGAGUGCUGAAGAAAGACGGGAACGGGAGCAACAAGACUUAGAGUUAGCUAAGGAGAUGGCAGAAGAGGAUGAUGAUGGCUUUCCUUAA